AUGCAGGGAAAUGACUCAUAUCCUCUAUAUCGUCGCCGAGAAGAUCGUCCACCUGUACCAUUGCGUCAAAAUUCUCGGAUAAAAGUAGACAACCGAUGGGUAGUUCCCUACAAUCCAUUUUUGCUCUUAAAGUACGACUGUCACGUCAAUUUAGAGAUAUGCAGCAGCAUUAAGUGUGUCAAAUAUCUCUAUAAAUAUAUACAUAAGGGUUCAGAUAGAGUAUCCAUGGAAGUUAAGAAUGGUGAUGAGAUUGCACAAUACGUGGAUGCGAGAUGGAUUUGCGCACCCGUAGCUUUUUGGAAAAUCUACAAAUUCCCAUUAACUCGAAUGUAUCCAUCUGUUGAUCGUUUGCAAGUGCAUUUGCCAAACAUGCAUCAAGUGAGAUUCGAAGAGAACUGCCUAAUUUCAGACGUAUUAGAAGACCCAAGAAACUCCAGAACGAUGCUGACUCAGUUCUUUAAGAUAAAUGAAACUGAUCCAGGUGCAAGAAGAUUUCUUUAUAGAGAAUUUCCAGAGCACUACAGGUGGAUUAAGUCUAGGUGUGAGUGGCAGAUUAGGAGAAGUAAUCAGCGAGUUAUUGGUCGAUUAGCUGCUACGGAAUCCCUUGGUCUAAUUGAGAGUGAUGAAAGCAUCCGUCAGUGUAUUUUAGAAGUGUCUUUUGUAAGAAUGCCAUCAUCAUUACGAAGAUUAUUCGCAACCAUCUUGGUAUACUGCCAACCCACUGGAUUACGUGCCCUAUGGGACGAGUUCUUCACGUACAUGGUUGAGGAUUAUCCAUCUUCAAGCACGACAACUAACAAUGGUGUUCUCACUCAUAAGCUUUUGCAGGAUUUAGAUCGUUUAUUACGGCCGCUGAGAAAAAGAAUUUCUGACUUCACAGAGUUGCCAAGUUUACCUGAAAGUACUGAGGACAUCGAUGAUCUUCCAGCAAUCAUGGAGGAGUACUUUUCUGUGCCAGUUCCAGAAGAGGACUUAACGUGCGUGACACUUUAA